GGGAGGGGUGGGACGGUGCAGGCGUAGAGAUUUGGGUUUGGCUGGCCUUGAUUUAAAGAGACAGAAGCUGUCGGGGGUCCUAGAAGACGGUCCCAAAUAACCUCCCCCCAAGUCCUUGGGACCACUUCGGUCCCCAGAGCUGGGGAGAUGGUUUGCGGCGGCUUUGCCUGCUCCAAGAAUGCGCUGUGCGCUCUCAACGUGGUCUACAUGCUGGUGGGCUUGUUGCUCAUUGGAGUGGCUGCCUGGGGUAAGGGCCUGGGUCUGGUGUCCAGCAUCCACAUCAUCGGAGGCGUCAUCGCUGUGGGAGUCUUCCUUCUCCUCAUUGCAGUAGCUGGACUGGUGGGUGCUGUCAACCACCACCAAGUCCUGUUAUUCUUUUAUAUGAUCAUCCUUGGUUUGGUCUUCAUCUUCCAGUUUGGAAUCUCUUGCUCAUGUCUGGCUAUUAACCGAAGCACACAGACAGACGUCAUCAAUGCUUCUUGGUGGGUCAUGAGCAACAAGACCCGGGAUGAACUGGAAAGAAGUUUUGAUUGUUGUGGCUUGUUCAACUUCACAACCUUGUAUCAACAAGAUUACGCUUUCUGCACUGCAAUCUGCAAGAGCCGGAGCCCCACAUGUCAGAUGUGUGGAGAGAAGUUUCUUAAGCAUUCAGAUGAAGCCCUGAAAAUCCUGGGGGGUGUUGGACUCUUCUUUAGCUUUACAGAGAUCCUUGGUGUUUGGCUAGCAAUGAGAUUUAGAAAUCAGAAAGAUCCUCGAGCCAACCCCAGUGCCUUUCUAUGAGACUUUGGAUCCUUCUGACUUCUGUCCUGCUCUCUGCUCCAAGCCUUUUCUUCCUCUCUUAGGGAAAACCUAGGGUCUAUAGCCCUUUUUUGUUUGAAAAAAAGGAGAGGCCCUUUGCCACAUCUCCUAAAACAUUGAAUAGCUAGGAUUUAUGCCUCGACGUAUUUUGGUGGGAGCAAGACUAUAGGGAAUAGAAAGAAAAACUUCUUUCCUCUCCCAAGUGGAUAUGAGAAGCCCCUGGGAGUACAAGGGAUAGGAGUUGGAGUCAUUCCUUGCUGAUUCCCCUCUUCCCCCUUCUACAUGCUGGACCACCUCAACAUACCCUGGCUUGGCUCCAAGGGUAAAUCAGGAACAGAGCCAAGGAGAAAACCACCAAGAACUCUUUCUUGGACCCCACUUGAAAAAAUUAAGUGAAUAUAAAAAUAAAAGCCAUUUUAACUCCA